AUGUCGACUCCGACGACCUCUCCGACUUCCCGACGAAAAUCUCAGCGGAAACGUGCCUCUGCAGUAGCAGAAGAAGAGCCAACAACGAAGAAGAACAAAACCGAUCAAUCGGCUUCCCGGACCAUCUGGAACGACGAACAAGAGCUCGCUCUGAUAAAGGGAUUUGUGGGUUAUAGAGCUGAAACAGGACUCCAACCAAACUCUGAUUGGGAUGCUUUUCAUCGUUACCUCGGAGAUUUCGAUUGCAUUGCUGGGAAAUACUCUAAAGAGCAGAUUCGGCAAAAGAUGGGAUCGUUAAAGAGAAAAUUCUUCACUAGCCUUGGGAAAAUCGAUCAAGGAGAAGAAGAGCCCAUCUCUAGUGACUCUUUUAGAUACUCCAAAAUGAUUUGGGGCCAAAACGAUUCUCAUACCGCUGAUGAGAGAGUGAAUUUUAAUCAGGAGGAGACAGCUGAGGAAGAAGAAGAGCAAGUUGCUGCUGCUAAUGUUCAACUUCAACCUUUAAAUGUGGACUUGGCUCCCCGGACCAACAAGAUCUGGAACGACGAACAAGAGCUCGCUCUGUUAAAGGGAUUUGUGGGUUACAAAGCUGAAACAGGACUGGAACCAAACUCUGAUUGGGAUGCUUUUCAUCGUUUCCUGGGAGAUUCCUCCGAUUACAUGGCCGCUGCGAAAUUCUCUAAAGAGCAGAUUCGGCAUAAGAUCGGUUAUUUAAAAGCAAAAUUCUUUACUCGCAUUGGGAAAAUCAAUCAAGGGGAAGAGCCCAUCUCUACUGACGCUUUUAGAUACUCCAACAUGAUCUGGGGCGAAAUCGAUUCCCAAAUCUCUAAUCAGAGAGUGAAUCUUAAUCAGGAGGAGGAACAUGUUGAAGUCGAGCAAGUUGAUGCUGCUGCUGAUAAUGUUCAACUUCAACCUUUAAACGUCGACUUGGUGAAUCAAGAGGAGGAACACACUGAAGACGAGCAAGUUGUUGCUCCUGCUAUUGUUCAACCUUUAAACGUCGACUUGGUUAAUCAGGAGGAGGAACACAUUGAAGACGAGCAAGUUGCUGCUGCUGCUGCUAAUGUUCAACCGGAGAAUGUGGGAGCGAGAACUGAGGUUGAUACUGAUGAUAUCGUUGCUGCUGAAGAGUCAAGAACGGUGAGGGAUGCAUUUGAGACGCUGGUGCCGCACCAAGCUAUAAGCGAGUCUAAGAAGAAGUGGCAGCUUCGGAACUUGACGAACCUUGAGGCCGGAAGAAGAAGAGAAAUCAGCCAGGCGUGGGAAGCAUUAUCCGCUGAGAAAGUGCAAAUGAAGAUGAAGAAGCUCAGGCUUUUGGCAAGGCUCGUGGAGGCAGCGAAUGGUGAAUGA